GGCAGGUGCGGAUGGCGUCGUGGAUGGUCGUGGUGGUGGUGGUGAGUGACGACCCAGUUUUCCUGGCCGCCUUCGCCCAACAGGCCCGUGAGGGUCGCCUGCUGGUGUGGGCCACGAGGCUCAUUGUGGUGAGCCGCCAAGCUCCUUACAGCCUCCACCCGCUCCACCAGACUCUCGCCCUCACCAACUCCCUCCUGCUGCUGGUGGAUGGCGCGGCGGGAGUGGCCAGGGCUGCUGGGUGGGUGGUGCUGCCCUACCAGCGGCCUGGCAUCGCCCCGCUGCAGGUUGCCUCUUGGACGGCGGAGGGCAACCUUUCAUUGCAUCGACCGCUCUUCUGGGACAAAUUUAACAAGCUUUCUGGUGAAACAAAUCUACUAGUGACAUUGGAGACAAGCCACAGACACUCAGUGGUGAUGCAUCCAGACCCAACGGCUCCUGGAGGAGUUCGGUUAGAGUUCAGGGGCUUCAUGGUCACUAUUCUCGAUUAUUUGGCGCAAGGAAUCAACUUCUCGUACACGUUCAAGCGGGCACCGGACCAGUCUUGGGGUGCCAAGAUGCAAGAUGGGUCCUUUACGGGCAUGCUGGGUCUGGUCAACAGGGAGGCAAUUUGGGAAAAUGUCGUUCUUCAGGAAGUACACUUUGGCCUGGGACCUUUCGGGAUCAACGCCGCUCGCUAUGAGGCAGUCGAUUUCACUUGGCCAGUUUCUUUCGUGGACGUCAAAGUUUUCACUGGUCGAGGGAGUCCUGAGGUAGAUCCUUGGGGCUUCCUGUUGCCCCUCACUCCUUGGGUGUGGAUCGUGCUGCUACUAUUGGUUCUGUUUUUGUCUGCUGGCUCUAUUUUCCUCUUCACUAAAUUUUCGUGGAAAGAUCUGGGUAGCAUGGGAAACUUAAGUACAAUAAACCUACAUUUUGUCGGCAUAAUGUUACGGCAGUGUGAGUUUCCAAGUCUAACGCUGCUAGCCGUGUGGGUGGGUGGUGGCGGGUGGUGGUGGCAGCGCGUGGUGCUGGGCGUGUGGAUGCUGAUGACCAUGGUGCUGACGCGGAGCUACGAGGGCAACCUUAUGUCGCUGCUGGCCGUGAGACACCUGCCCCAGCCCUACCAGACCCUCAGGGACGUGGUGGACGACCCUUCGGUGGUCAUGGUCUGGCACAAGCAGGGAGCACCCAUUCAGUCUGUUAUGGACGCUACGUCUGGGAUCUUUAGUGAAGUGAAGGCGAGUGAGGAGCAAGGGCGCCUGUUGGUGUUACCUUUAAUCGAGUAUGGUGCCAUUCUUGACAAGGUUAUAAAUCAAAGAAUAGCAAUCAUAGACUACGUGAGGAUAACGAGAGCUACCAGCAGCAGGCAUUUUUCUCUUACAGGAAGAUGUGACUUCUACAUUGGGCAGGAAAAUAUUAUGGCCCAUCCCGUUGCUAUGAUUGGCCAGAAAGACAGUCCCAUCAUCCCAUCUCUGAACGCACGAAUAACGUCAAUGACCGAGGCUGGUCUUUAUAACUACUGGAACAACGAGGGAAUCGCGAAUUACAGUGCAUGUGAGCGAGUAAAAACAAAGACCACCAUCAUCAGUUCGUCUCUCUCCCUCAGGCAGUGCUGGGUAGGGAAAUUUUUGUGUGUCUGGCAGUAAUUGGCAAGGAUCUUGCUGUACCUCAACCAGCUCUAGAUAUGGACAUUGUGCAUGUUUGAACUUCUACUUCACCCUUAUUUUCUCCUCCAUAUAUGAUUUUGACAUAUAUUGAUAAAUGAAUUUAGAUGAAUUAAAUAUGUUAAUUUUUCAUAGAAUUAUAUAUACAUUAUUGUGUAACACAGAGGCGUAUUGGUGAGAAAAUUAAGCUUUCACUUUAAUUGCAUCAGUAACGUCCAAUACAUGUGAAGACUAACAAUACGUAUAACAUGCAGGCCAUGGUGGUGGUUCUGGCGGGAGGCCUGGCGGUGGGUCUCCUCUUUCUUAGCGUGGAGGUGGUGUUUGUUGCGUCUUGCGUCACUGACUAAAAUGUAAUUAUAACUAGAACUAUAAACAUUAAUUGUAGCCAUGAUUCUUGCUAUAAUUCUUGUUCUCAUCUUUUGCUAUAAUCUUCUCUUAAGGAUAACUUGGAGAUGACUAUUACAAUGUAAAUACAUUAUAAGGAAAGCCUUCAUCCUUUAAGCAAAAGAAUACAAAAAUAUAUUUCAUAUUAGUUGCUCUCACUUUUAUUCUAUAGUUGUUUAAGCUCCACCAAUCAAUUAUUACAUUAAGUUUGUCAUAAGGUCGUUCAUGCCUUAAUUAUUCUAUUAUUUUCGGAUUCGUUUUCAGAAUGAAAUGCUUCCUUGACAAACAUUCGCUUUAUGUCACUCGAAUAAAAGCGGUAAAAAGAGAUGUGUUUCAUAAGCUGUUAUAUCUGUUAUUACAUU